AGUUUCUGGUGUCUUUUGCAGGGAAAUCUGAAAGAGGAUACCCCGUUACUCAGCCGCAGCUCUUGCCCGCUGAUAUUAGCGAUGGCCUUUCUCCUCCGGGAAUGAAAGUCUCUUCUCAGUUCUACAAUCUUCACCGCCGGAGGCUCGCCGACUCCAGCAUAGAUCCACUGCCCAAGAAGAUCCGGAAGGUUCCUUCUGGCCUGCCGUCGUCUGUGUCUUCGGUGAGUGUUGAUGUGCCCUCAUUAGUGUCUGAGUCCAGAUUAUCAUGCCACGUGCCGGCUGCUGAAAUCGAACCCAUUCAUUCCUCCUCAUUUCAAUGCAGAGCAAAAUGGAAAUCUGAAAGAGGAUACCCCGUUACUCAGCCGCAGCUCUUGCCCGCUGAUAUUAGCGAUGGCCUUUCUCCUCCGGGAAUGAAAGUCUCUUCUCAGUUCUACAAUCUUCACCGCCGGAGGCUCGCCGACUCCAGCAUAGAUGGACUUCCGGAUCAUUGGGGACAGUCUGGUUAUCCUCCUGUCAUGAGUAACUCUCCUCACAUCGCUCAGCCGGCUCCGUUCCCCUCCAUAAACACACAGAUCUAUCCCUCUGACAAUAACGGCAGCAGCUACUCCCCGAGUCCCUCCACUCCUGUGGGCUCUCCUUCAAACGUUGCUGCUUCUGCAUCUCAGUGGCCCAAAAGCUCCUCUCAGUCUGCGCCGUCGCCCGGUUUUGAGCCAGGAUUGCAGGCGCCGAGUAAGAUGGAUGACCGUCUGGGUGAAGCGCUGCAAGUGUUGAGUCAUUAUGCGGUGGGUGCAGACAUGCACAGUUUACUGAGCGCAGCCGUCUCUGGACAUCCGGCUGGUGCAGCGGCCCUGGGCUCCAUCAGUCAGGCCUUCGGGCUCGCCAGCCGUCUGCCAGGCCUGAUGUCAAAUCACAGUGAUGAUGCCGCAGGUUUACCACAGUCCAGUGCUCUGCUGCAGGGACACCACGCCCCCCAUCAGGCCCCUCCCACUUCCCAGUCCGACACCUUUACCAGUCUUUCUCUGCCUCACUCCUCUCACUCAUCCAGCUCGGAUAUAAAGCGGGAAGAUAAGGAAGAUGAUGAGAACCUGUCUAUUGCAGAUAAAUCAGAGGAUGAGAAGAAAGACGGGAAAAGCCACACGCGAUCGAGUCAAGAUGAUGAUGAAGAAGAUGAUGAGGAUUUGCCGAUUGAGGUGAAGGCAGAGCGGGAGAAAGAGCGGCGCGUGGCCAAUAACGCCCGUGAGCGUUUGCGUGUUCGCGACAUCAACGAGGCCUUCAAAGAACUGGGCCGCAUGUGCCAGCUGCACAUGAACAAUGAGAAACCUCAGACCAAACUGCUCGUCCUUCACCAGGCCGUAAACGUUAUUCUCAACCUGGAGCAGCAAGUGCGAGAGCGUAAUCUGAACCCGAAGGCUGCGUGUCUGAAGAGGAGAGAGGAGGAGAAGGUCACAGGAGAUGCGCAGAUGCUGUCAGGUCUGAGUGGAGACGGACACAGCCAUAUGUAACGCUCAGAUCCUGACAUAAGGAAGCUCUCCGUCGACGUGGCCUUAUCUUCCCGUUCUUGUUCCAGAGUCCACACACACACACUCUCUCUCACACACACACACACACACUCGCACACUCACACACACGUGAUUUAUAUAUGAUAAACAGAUGUGUUGAAGACUCACAUGCACACAGUAACUUCCCGAGCCGCUCGUUGUGCUCGUGAUCAUGGACCAUCGGUGGAAAUCAGCGUCUGCGGGUCCGGACCGUCCUGCUGUUUGAUGCUGCGGCGUUCCAUUUACAGUGUGCUGUUAUAUAGCACACACACCCAUGAGCCUUUGUAUUCAACACAAGGUCAAGCUCCGCUGCGGGAACAGAUUCCUUUUUUUUUUUUUGUAGUUCAUGUAUUCGAGUUUGACUUUCUUUUGUACCGAUUUGUGUUUAUGAUGUAGAAAGAAAUGUUCAGUUUUGAUACGCAAUGUUUGUGGUUCUGUUUGGGGAUCGCCACUAAUGCGUGAAUCCCACAAAACUGCCCAUAUUUCACCUCUAAAAACAAGAGAAAUUAUAUCAAAUUCAUUUUUUAAGGAAAAUUAAGCCUGUUUUAAUGGAACAUUAAGAUUUUUCAUUUUUAUG